CAUACUAACCUCUCGACCAUUAACACCGAUAUCUGACAACCCAAACGACGUAACAGCACUAACGCCAGGGCAUUUCCUGAUAGGAGAGCCGUUAACCGCACAAGCUGACAGUGAGCCAUCCCAGCAGCCAAAGACGCUAGGAAAUCGAUGGCAAGCAGUGUCAAAGUUGAAGCACUCAUUCUGGACACAAUGGUCCAAUGAAUAUCUUCAGCAGUUGCAACAGCGUCAAAAGUGGAGGAAGUCUUCGGCUAACAUUAAGGAAGGAACAUUAGUAAUACUAAAGGAAGACAAUACACCAGUAUUACAAUGGCCACUAGGAAGAAUCAUUCGAUUGUUUCAUGGCAAGGACAAUUUUGUACGAGUGGUGGAAGUAAAAACGGCAAAGGGGAUUUUCAAACGAGAGAUCCAACAUGUAGCUCCACUAUUCAACGAAGAGGAACCCACACAUAAACAUCCGAUAGAUGAUCCAUCAGAAAACGAAGAAUCAUCCGAGGACAGACAGCCUAGGAAAAGGACACAGCCGAAUAAAUUGUCGUUAACCAUGACAAUGUUUGUAAUGUUGUUGCUGGUACCGUUAGCGAUGGCACAGUCAAUCAACAUAACCCAGUUUGGAUCAAAACCGGGUAUAUACUUUGAAAGAGUAGGAACCAGCCAACUUGCGACAACUGAUUGGACCAUCAUUGUUUAUUACAAUUUAAAGCCCUAUUGGAAAGACAUGAACACAUUCACCAUGGGGACUACAAAAAUUGGACAUCUAUGCACACAACUUCAACUAGUAGACGCAUGCACCAGUAUGUAUCAGCACUUCAAACAUAUAGAAGAGGACCUGCAAGCUGAAAAUACACUAAUAGCAAGAACACGGAGGCAAAGGGCACCGCUGGACAUCAUUGGAAACAUCGCAAGCAGUCUAUUUGGCGUAUUAGAUUCAACAUAUGCCCGAGAAAUGUCGGAAACUAUAGCAAAGGUUAAGGAUAACGAAGAUCACCUAUUAACCUUGCUUAAAAAUCAAACAUCAUUGAUUGACUCUACAAUCAAUGUGAUAAAACGGGAUGAAAUCUCAAAUUCCAAACGAUUAAGUCGAAUUGAGGAUUUCAUCACCGAGUCAAAGGGAAGGGCUGAUCAUUUUAGCGCCUUUCAAUGGUACACUACGUUGUCUACUCAGUUGACUCUAUUAUCUGCAAAUCUUCAACGAAUGCAAGCAGAGAUCAUCAAUGUCUUGACAGAUAUCCGACACAAUACAAUUAGCCCUAUGCUAAUAUCCCCCCGACAACUUAAGGAACAACUGGAGCAGAUACGGGAUCAUUUAAGGCCAGGACAAGCACUUCCAGUAACUCCCGACAAUAUGCUCAUGGUGUACCAGAUGAUGAAAGCAGAAGGCACUAUAAUAGAGGAUCAUGCAAUUAUCAAGGUUACAUUUCCAUUAGUCUCAGUAAACGAACUGGAAAUAUACAAAUUGACAGCGAUUCCGGUGCCAAAUAAAAAUGGGAUAAGCAUGUUUGAAAUAAAAACACCAUAUAUGGUAAUCAAUAGCCACCGAGACGAAUUCGUUGAACUAUCAGAGACUGAAUUCAAAAACUGUCAUCAAAGAGCAAACAAUGACUUUGUUUGCUAUAAUAAACAAACAAUGUUCUCAGCCGAAACAAGUUGUGAAUUACAAAUGUUUCACAACAAAACGGACUCAUCAUGUCACCUAGUCAACACAAAAAAAUCAUUUUUAUGGUUGAGCAUGCAUAAAAGAAAUCGAUGGAUUUUUGCAACAAAGUCAUCAUUAAAGCUAUCAGCGGUAUGUGCAGAUGGCAUUUCGGAUAUUAAGCUUCAACACUCAGGAAUAUUGAUCGCCGAACCUGGAUGCAUCAUUCGGAAUUCGCUAAUGACUGUCACAAGUCAGAGCACAUUGGAAACUACUCUGCAGUUAUCAUACGCUCGGUUUGGAGAUAGUGAUCUCAACGAAACAUCAACUGAACGUUCUACAAAGAAGGUUUCAAGGAACAAUGAAAAACUGAACUACGAGGAGCUGUAUCAAAUGGAAACGAAUCUGCUACCACCUAAAAGUUUCAAGUUACCCCACAAUCUUGAAACCAUUGAUCAUCAUCAUAUUGCCAUCUACAUUGCACUGCUCUUCAUCAUGAUCAUUGUAAUGAUUCAUCUGGUUAAAAGGUGGUACACAACAAGACUCCCUUCUCAGCAGAGACAUACACUUAGCUCAUCAGCUAGUGAAGAAAACGCACCAAGGCAUCCGUUCACAAUCAAUAUUGAUAAUGGUUGAGCAUACUAUGUUCAACGGCCGGGAGGAUGUACGAUUUCAACGAAAGUACAAAAUUGUACGAUUAGACCUAGACAAAUAGCUAACCAUAAAUAGGUUAAGAUUUCCCAGCCACCUAAAGAAAUAAACGAUAAUAUGCUCUAAAUAUAAAUAUGUGACAUGCACUACUGACCUAAAUAAAUAUACAACGGACAGCUGCAUGCAUUUGUGUACAUACACUGUUUAGAUAUUUACGGCACUAUCAUAAAACACAUUCUGGAUGACCUGCAUGUGGUCAAAUCACACACCAUCUGCAUGAUAACCAUUGUGACCGUCAUAAAUAUGACCCUUGGAAUAUUCCACUGUUGGAUUUGUAGUAAUUGCUUAGUCCUAAAUAGAGAUAACACAUUUCCCUAGCAAUAUGAUACUCAGAGCUAAUUAAACAUACCUAAGAUCCUAAGUAAACAAUCAUACUCAUAGAAAUUGUAUAUAAACCUUGCAUUUUACCAAAUAAAAUCA